UAUAGAUACAAGAGAAAAACAUGCGGUUUCAUAGGAACCAUCGAAAUCUUAAGAUGGCUGAUAUUAUUUAACAAUUCAACAGAAUGCUUCUCAGUACUGCCAGUUAUACAAACGAGGUUCUUAACAAGAUUACAGUGAAUAAAAUAUGUGAUUCAUUGCAAGAUGAACAGAUGCGAAUGGUUUCUUUACGACAAUGUAAAUUGUCAGACACUGGUUUUAAACGAAUUAUGAAACAUUGUGGAAACUCUAAAUAUUUAUUGCAGCUGACACUUAAUCUAGGAAUCCUUGCAGAUCAAAGCAGGCUUGAACUUUUGGGACAAGCUUUACGAAGAAACAAAACAUUAAAAGGUCUUUUUAUCCAUGGAAAUCCCAUUGGUGAUGAUGGACUGAAAGUUAUAGUACAGGCCCUUUGCACGAAUCAUAAUAUCAGCACCCUGGAUAUUGGUGACUGUGAGCUUGGUGAUGCCUCAAUACAUUACUUAAAACCACUUCUGAAUCCAGAAGAGGAUAAACCAGGCCUGACAGAGUUAACCCUCAGUGGUAACACCAACAUCACUGAACACGGAUGGGCCGUUUUGGCCAUGAGUAUUUCAUGCUCCCCAUGUUUGCGGUCUCUGUACGUGGACUAUAAUAGACUGGGGGACAGUGGUGCCAGUUGUCUUCUGAUUGCUGCAGCUGCCAGUCAGAUGAUCGAGGUCUUAGAUCUAGAAGGAACAAAUUUGACUGAAAAGACUGGAAAGCUUGUUAUGGAACUCAUACAGACGUACCCUGGAAUGCUGAAAAGGAUAUCUUUGGUUGGGAACAAGGUUCGCAAAAGUACCAUGGCUAUUAUUAAAAGUAUACUGAAAGCUAACAAUCACUCUGAAGAAGACACAAGUGAAGAUGAUAUCUGGUCAACGUCAACAGAGGUGACAUCAACAGAAGUGAUGUCAAGCACUGGCAGCAGCACAGCCAGGUCAACUUCCAGUGACCAGUCAGACUGUUCUGGUGAUGGAACCAGUUCUGCCUCCAGUCAGAAUGACACUCUAAAGGCCAAUGAUUCACAGAGUAAAGUAGAUGAAACAGAAACAGAGGUCAAGGACACAGAGGAAAAGGAGGCUGAAGACUCAUGUGAGGAACUAAAAGAGGUGCCAGUCUUCUGGUGAAAACGGACAGGUGCCAGUAUUCUGGCGAACUAAAGGGUGCCAAUCUUCUAGUGAACAAACAGGUUCCAGUCUACAAGGGAACUAACAAACACAGGGUGUUCAAUGUCUUCUAAAGUAGGAGGCUGUUCAUAAAAAUUAGGAAGCUAUACCUAUUGAAUGUAGUGACUCACUAAGGUGUAUAUUUGUAAGCGUAAGUAGGUGUUGGAAGUUGUAAGCAUAUACAUGUAUAUGUCCUGGCCAUAAAGUAUUCUGAAGCUGAAAUACUGGGUUUUAUUGUUCAGUUUGAACAAGGUUAAGAUUAGGGUUGGUUUGAGAUUUAACAUGAACAUUCUGGGUUUUUUUUAAAUAUUCUUCAAUAUAUAUGACUGAAUAUAUUAUUUUCAGGUGGACUCAAUAUGUUAUGACAAAGUAGCUGCCAAAAAUACGGUUAUGGACCACACAGAUAUUGAGAGAGGAAACCUGCUGUUGCCACUUCAUGGGCUACUCUUUUCGAUUAGCAGCAAGGGAUCUUUUAUAUGCAUCAUCCCACACAGGAUAGUACAUACCACA